CUACAAUGUCUGCUUUCGCUACGACGCGUUAAUGCCCGUUUGACAACCAACGCAAAGCAGCACAGUUGCCCGAUAUAUUAUUUCACUUUUCGAACACAACAGUCUAUUUUAUCACCCGCACUGAACGUCCGCUCAGUUGCAUUGGUUAAAAAUAUUCUAUUUAUUUAAAAAAUAAAGGUUUUCCUCAAAAGUGAAGCGAAACCUAGUUACAAUGAGCAAAAUAAGGUCCGGUGUAAAAUAAACAAUCGUAAAUGUGCGCUCUGUGUUUGUUUUGUUACGAAAACUAAAUCUGAAGACUAUAUAUACAAACUGUUUAUCUUUUGUGCUGCAUUUCCUGUGAGAUGUUAGAGGAAAGUGUCGACUAGUUAGUUUAAUUUUGUCGUCGACUGGGACUUAUUGCGAAUGUGUAUUGAAACGUUCAUCGCUAUUCACGGGCGCACUGCUAUGCGCCACGACUUGGUGCAUUUCAUAAGACACACCUCCUCUGACCAUUACUGCGAAGGAAGAAUUUAGUUCUUAUCACGGGUCGCUAUUGAUGGCGUUAGUCAGCAUCCAGAGCGAUUGGUAUAUAUAUUUCUGGCUUCUAUACUGCAAAAUAUAUUCAGCCAUUGUAUGGUUAUUCGGCAAUCAUUGUCGCGGAGCUGAUAAGGUGCGCUCAGUGAUAACCGCUGGAGCCGGCGUCCAGUCUUCAGGAAGUAUUCAAAGAGCGCGCACGCGUCGCAGAAAAGCGCAGCAGCACCGUGUCAAACAUAUCGUCGCAUUAACUAGGAGAUCGUCUGUUAGAAGAAUAGUAAUGGCACCAGGAGCUAGCACAGCCCACACCAUGAUGGAAGACAAGGAGAAAACUCUUCAUGGAGCUUUGGGUGCCGUUUCAAUGCGUACACGCCACAUCAGUCCGUUCGCGCCACUUCUGAUCGCGCUAGUGGGCUUGCCCGCGCGCGGCAAGAGCCAGCUGGCGCAUCGUCUUUCCAGACAUCUCAAUUGGAAUGGGGAGAGUGCUAAAGUGUUCGACUGUAGCGAGUACCGCCGCCGCCAUAUGGCCCUGUAUGGCAGCCAUGAUAUAUUCCGGGCAGACAACCAGCAGGGUUCCGCUAUCCGCCGCCAGAGCGCCAGGGAAGCGGUCCAGGAUGCUGUGCACUGGCUGAAGGACGGGAACAGUGUUGCUAUAUUCGACGGCACGAACAUAACUCGGGAGCAACGGCAAGACCUGAACAGCCUUAGCGAAAUGGGGUUCAGGAUUCUCUUCAUUGAAUGCGUCUGCGAGGACCAGGAUCUACUUGAAAGGAAUAUUAUUGAAAUUCUUCAUUACUCUGCAGAUUAUAAAAAUAUGAGCGAGGAUGAAGCGGUGGAUGAUUUGAGGAAGAAACUUGAACAUUACAUGAGGCAAUACGAACCUAUUGACGCUAGUUUGGAGAAUAUAGGCUUCGUUCGUGUGGAGAACAUGGGAGAGACCGUGACGGCGCAUAAAGUCUCCGGUCAGAAGGAGUCGACCAUCCUUGGCUACUUGUCCGGGAUGCGAGCUCUUCCGCAAACUUUGUAUUUCACCAGGCACGGAGAGAGUGAAUACAACGUGCUGGGCCGCAUCGGGGGCGAUGCUGCACUCUCUGCUAGAGGGCAGAUGUAUGCCAGGGCAUUAGCUGAACACAUGAACGGUCUCGCAACGCGCGAACCGUUUUCUAUCUGGACGUCUGAACUGCGCCGGACGAAGCAAACUGCGGCCGACAUCAGAGCGCCUAAAUGCGCAAUACGAGCACUUAAUGAAUUGGACGCUGGCAUCUGUGAGGGGCUGACCUACGAGGAGAUGCAGGAGCGUUUCCCCCAGGAGUUCGCGUGGCGCGACCAAGACAAGCUGCGGUACCGGUACCCGUGGGGCGAGUCGUACAUCGACAUCAUGACGCGUCUGCGGCCCGUCCUCGCCGCUCUGGAGGACGAGCACAACGUGAUCGUGGUGGGACACCAAGCCGUAUUGCGGUGCAUGCUCGGAUACUUCCUUGAUGCUAAACUUGAUGAACUUCCUUACAUGACCGUGCCUCUCCAUACCAUUGUGAAGCUGACAUCCUACGGCUACACAUACAAAGUGGAAAUGAUCAAGAUGCCAGUAGACUGUGUAGACACACACCGCAAACAGCCCAAGAACUGUUCCAUAACCAGAACCACAGCUGAUGCGCUGGUGACUGUGCCGUCCCAUUACGACACCCUACCAUCGAACCUGUGGCAGAACACCACCGAAGCGCAACUUUAGGCCGCGCGGCCUGGCCCUAGCGGCAGGCUAAUACCACGUCAGCAUUACUAGGGCACCCGCCCUCGGAACGCUUGAACCUUAACCAGUGUUCACGGUUGUGAAAAACCUUGGACAAGAGACGCCACGCCGGGUCUCACGAGUCCGUAGCGACCUAGAAUUGACUCCGGUCUGAUAGUUUCAUUACUACUUAUAUGCAUUGGAUUUUAGCCUUGUAUUUUUAUGUCGAAUUUCGACGCAACACUUGAUCUCCUGUCAUACGAAUAGCUCAAUUGAUUUUGUACAAAACAUUGUUGACGUGACGAGACGCGUGGGAAAUUACACAUAGAUCCAACAAUUAUUGAUAAGACUGAAAUGAAUCCUUACUUUACCCAUGAUAAUUCUAUCGAAUCACCUUCAUAUACCUAUUAUAAAUUUGUGUUCUUAUUUUUAUGUAAGUAGUUUAAAAGUCUCGCUUUUAAUUACGUACAAAUAACGGUACGUUUAUUUUUUAAAUGUAACUUUUACAUUAAGUUUAUCAGUAAUUAGAUAGAAGUUAACGAUGUAUACGCAUUUGAACUUUUGUUUUUGCUUGAGUACUUGUAAACUUCUUGGGUUUUCUAAAUUGAUAAGUUAGUUUUUUUUUAGGUCAUGAACAUUAGUUUUAAGUUGGCACUAAGUUUAGAUCUGUUAAAAUAGUGUCCUGUAAUACAUUUAAGUGCAUAACAAAUAUUAUGUACGUUUCAUUUUAUUAUAUUUACAAUACAUAUAAAAAAAAUUGCAAUGUUUGAAUUACGGUGUUUAAUUAAUUAUUAAUGCUAUUUGUAUUUUUUUAUUACUCUAAUCGAAAUUUUUUGAUGGAAUGUUAUCUCACUUAUUUUAUUUAGGUAUAUGUACUUAGAAUUAUGUAGUCUCUAAAUAGUACUAGUGGUUACUGUAGUACUGCCAUGGAAAAAUUAUGGAUUAUACCUAUUUGGAGUUAUUAAGUAUAGUGGUAGUUUACAGUGAGCAAGCGCUGUUUGAUGUACGAGAAGUAGCUGUAAUGAUUGUUGAAAGGAAGAACAAUCUCUUUUUUUAUAAUAAAUAUGAAUUAAAUAAUAGUGUAAA